AUGAAAAUAACCUUGUUUGAUGCCAAAAAAUUAUUUAGAAACACGAGAAAACAAUCGAUAAAGUUCAUUCGUUCUCUUCGUAUAUACGCUUCUUUUCCAUGUGUUUCAGCGUGCAAUAAAACAUACUAUGGCGACGUGGGCAAGACCUACGAUUUGGAGCUCCAUCGACCUAAGGAGGAUAAGGUGCCUUACAUUUGCAAGCUCACCUUCAGCGCACCGGGUGGCGAUCUCGGAGACAUUGUGCAGUUGACGUUCGACAGUUUCACCCUGGGGAAAUUUGUGUCGUUCACUGCUGAGGGGUGUCCGGACGGUUCGCUCCAGAUUUCGGAGGCCCAACGACCGGACGUGGGCGGCCUCUGGUGCGGUACGUCCUGGGGGCCCGCGAUUUACUACAGCGAGACCCAGACUGUCUCCAUCACCCUCAAGCUGCUCAGGCUCAGCAAGGAUCAGACGGGAUUCAAUUUCGACUUCAGGAUGGCGUACAAGAUGAUCAGGAAAUCGGACGCCGUGGUACGUUAUGGCAAUCCUUUCGUAGGAAUAACGCAGGCGACAGGUACGCCAGCGUCGAUAGAAACAACGUUAUCAACGUCUUCGAGCGAUUACACGAACAGCUCGAUGGCGAUGCCAGUGCAGAUGGUGGAACAGCCAUCAGAAACGACGAAACCGAGUACCGAGCAAUACCUGGGGGAUCUGAUAUCGGGCACCUACUGUUCCCGCAUAUUCAGCGACUGCGACCGGAAAAAGUGCAGGCUCCAGUCGCCCAACUUUCCAGGAUUAUAUCCGCGCAAUCUCACCUGCUACUACGCAGUAAGGCAACACGACGUACCACCUGGAAAACACGCGUUAAUUUCGGUGAAACAGCCUCGUGGCCAAUUGGUGGCCAUAAGAGCGAGGCCAGCGGCGACCCAAGCGGAAUCGUCGCCCCGUGAACUUCGUUUGUGGAACGAUUGCGACUUGGUCCAGGAUUACGUGACAGUGUACGAUGGUUACACUACUCGAGACCCGGUGAUCCUGAAAUUUUGCGGAGGAGGCGAACCAGUGCCGGAAGCGACCAGUAGCGGAACCGAAAUCUUGGUCGAGUUCACCACGUCUCCUUAUGGCACGUUUCUACAUCCUACGCCACCGCACUCGCUCCACGGUUUUCAAUUAGAAGUGCAAGUGAAGUUCGUGGACGCAGACUCGCCAACAUACGCGAAGAACAAACACUGCGAGUUCUGGUUGCAGGGGAGUGGGGGCGGAGUGCUCGCUUCCCCGCGCCACUCUUUGCCACGCAACAGCACGUGCCUGUAUCAUCUACGUGGCGCUGGCCCAGCACUUCCUAGCCCAACGCCGCCGCGUCCUUUGCCCAAGUUUCCGGAACAAAGGCCGGGCACCGUGUGGAGGAGGCCUGCGCCACGAGCACCGCAGCCGCAGUUCCGCGUCUGGCUGUCCAUCCUCAAGUUCCACGUGGGCACGAGCCUGUCCACCGGCGACGAGGAUUGCUCCACCACGCUCAUGGUCUGGGAUGGAGAGAUGAUGCCCUUGUCCGAAUGCUAUGAUCCCACUUGCGAGAAGGAGCAUCAACGUCACGGUGACAGAUCCGGUGCAGACCCACCUCAUCCUCUGGCAGCUCGCCCCGCUGGAAACACUACGUUAUUGGCACGAUAUUGUAAGGACAAGGUGCCAAGGACUUGCGAUCACGCGAUCCUGCAAAAUACCAGCCGUCCAUGCUCCUUGGGCGAGAGCUUCGUGUCGAGUGGAAGCACCCUGACCAUCGAGAUGAGAAUGGUCGAAUCGACGGCUCUCAGACCGGUGAAUUUUCGCGCCCUCUACGAGUUCGUGGAUCUUCACCAGGAUGGCGAUCCGUAUGGAAGCGGGCCAUGCUCGAGGAUAUUCUACAGCCGUAAUCGAGAUCAUUAUCCUGAUCGUAGAUUCCAAGCGCCACGCGACAUUUUCCUUUAUGGCCGCGGCGGAGCGAAAAAUAUAAGCUGCGUGUAUCGAUUCGAGGGCGAGCACGACGAGAUCGUGAAGCUGCGGUUCAACAAGCUUUUGAACGGGAACCGGACGUGCCGCAGCGUCUCCAGCCCAGACUUUAAUCGGCUCCUCUGCGUUGGAUCGGAGAACUUCUUCGUGAAGGUGCUCGAUCUUCCAUGGCCGAACGCGCCGCCCGUGCAACGAGACUGCCUGUGUUCCAAUCGAUCACUGCCGAUCAACAUCAAAUCGACCUCGAACAUCGUCGAGGUGCACUUCACCGUCAGAUCUAUGGAUGCGUUGGACGAUUACAAUAAUCUGUUCUUCGAAGGUAUAUGGGAAUUCGUGAAGACGAUUCCUUGCUUGCAGAAGAGAAGAGUGAGGGGGCCUUCCGGAGAGAUCAAAUACAAAGCUCCAAUAGUCGACGAGGAUGAGAAAAAUUGUGAGAAGCAUCCAUGGCUGAUAGAUCCUGGGCCGAAUCAAUACCUGUAUGUAAAAAUGCAUGGGAUAAUAAUGUCGAAUACGAGCAAGUGCGCGACAAAGAAUCGGAUCGUGGUACAUACCGGUGGCACGAUCCACGUGUCGGUGUGCCCGAAACCACCUGCGGAGUCUAGACACCACGUGGUCGAAGUUUUCAGCGACGGCUGGGCCGUCAGCAGCAAUGCCAUGAUUCUGGUGCCGGGUCAGGACCCCAUCAGGACUAUAGCCAUCGAGUUUAUUAUCAAGGAACCAGAUACGUACACGGUCACCUGGCUCGAGCUCACUAGAAGACCAACGGUAACAUCGACAGCAGGGUUACAAAUGCCACGUGACUGCGAGCAGCGGUGUCCAGAGCUGGAUGCAUGCAUAAAUGCUUCUCUGUGGUGCGACGGAAUCUCUCAUUGUCCAUCAGGAUAUGACGAAGCUCUGACUCAUUGUUCUGUUCUCCUGCAAUUGCCUCCCCUCCACUUGGGCCUUGGGCUUCUCGCCAUCAUCACGAUUCUCGCCGUCAUCAUCUUCGUGAUUUGGCGAAUCUGUAGGCAACGGACGAAUCGGUCGAUAUCGCAGCAUAGGCUAAAGAGCAUUUCCUCCGAGACGGCGAUCAUCGAUGGAAAGGAAGUGAUUUGCUGACACAGCGACAAUUCUGUGCGGUACGUCGAGGUCGACCGGGUGACCACCGUGUGACGAUCACCCACGGUCGUCCCAUUCGUCGCUCGUCGUGGCGUCGUCGCGUCCCAUUUCGCCUCCUCUUGAAGGAGAAACACGUACCGACUUCACGACGACGUUCACCUCUACGUAACGUGCAGAACUGCUCUGAUAUACUUUAUAGGAGACCUAGACUCUGUUCUCAAAGAUGGUUCGCUGCUCGAUGACCUAGACCAUUCUUGCACUUCUUUAUUUAUCCACAGAAAGAAAUUUAUUAAGUGUUCGUAAAUUCGGUUUAGGAUUCUUGUUGGAUUCUGAAAAAUGAUGGAAAUUAGAUGAUGGAUGAGAAGACUUGGAGAUAAAUGCUUGUAAAUAUUUUGUGGAAAUAGAUCAAUGCUGUUUGUGAAAGUAAUAUUUGUUUGUAGAUUUUUUUUAGGUUAUGUACGAUGGAUAGUUGAAACAAAUUGUAGUUGAAAUAUUUCGUGCUGCUAUGCAACUUUUUAAGUUGAUUUCGAUUUUUUUAAUAAUUGUGUUGAUGUUUUUUGUUAGUAUUUUUUCGUUUCAUUUUUUAAUUUAGGUUAAGACAGCACUGACUUAGACACUUCGGAAUAGAUUAUUAUUUGUACCGUGAUUACAAGGCGACGUAUUCUUGAGAAUUUUUCGAUAAGAAAGUGAUCAAAUUGCUUGAAAAAGGACAAUAAGUAAUAAUGAAAUCUUAGUAAUAUCGUUUCGCUGGUAGCUAGUAGUUAACUUUUCGUCUCUUAUGACUAGAAAAAUCGAUUCAUCGAUAGAUCGAACGACUGGUUAAUCGAUCGAAAUCUUAGGUCGUGGAAUAUUGGCAGAUUUAGAGGAGCCUGAAAAAUUUAUUUGAACUUCACGCUCGAUUGAAUGUAAAGAAAAGGAGAACAAGAUAAUGGUCCAUGGCAUCGAGCAAAGAAUCAGCAAAAAGAAACUCGCACUGUCGUUCAAUCGUAUGUUGAGGUAAUCUCGACGAGGAUAGAAGAUACGGUUUUAAGCACGAGCCAAUGGCUCCUCUCUCCUUCGCUUUUUCUUGCUCCCUUUGGUAAACGCGCGAGAUCCUCUGUAAAAUAAUUCGAUCGAAAUCGCGCGUUUCGAUUAAACUGUGGCUGAUUUCAUCGUGAUUAACGUGAAUUGAUAAUUGAGAUUUUCAUCUUUGAUUUCUUUCUUCGAUUCAUCUUCGUAAAGUGACUUUACCUUACGAGGACGGUAAAUAUCAUCUUUCUCGAAUUAAUAUCAGGUGGCGCCAGUAAUAAGAUAAAAGUAG